ACGAUCCGCGAGUAGACCCGCAACUGCCUCGCGAACGCAUGACUCAAUAUUUCAAAUUGGUUGCCAUGGUUAAUUGACUAGAAAUUCGGGGGUUAUAAACAACAGAUAAGAUUCUAUUGUUGUAUGAAAAUUAACCAGCGAUUCGGCCUAGAAAAACGUUUAAACUUAGAUUAAGAUAAUUCUUAGGUCCAAAAAACUUUGUGAGUUUAUUAGUUACCCUACAGAAGAACUUACCAAUAAUAAUUACCUACUACAACAAUAGUCGAUCUCCCCCGUACUACCGAAUACAGUCUUAGCGUGGGUAAUUCAAAUAUUUACUUGUUUCCCUAUGCUCAACUGACGCACCUGUACAAUGGCGGCAAGUAAAUUCUGCAACUGACCUGCAGAAACUUGAAACCAGCAUAAUAACUAUGACUUCCAAGGACUGUGCUCAAACAGUGCCACUGACUUUGGCUGUCUUGGUUCUAAUAUGGACAUCUUGUGCACAUGCUGAUGGUGUUAUCAGCUUUGUAACACAACAUGUUGCAAUUCAGGAAAGGCAAUAUGAAGAAGCUGUAUUUUAUCUUGAAAGAAACUCUGGGAGUUCAAGUAGAGUUUUCUUUUUUUGUCAGGUUUUAAAUAGCACAGGAGCUACAGACCUUGUCAGUGCAAGUGCACCUGGACAGUUUGGUGCUGGGCUAACAUCAAGUUCUUGUACAUUCACUGUCAAAGAAGAUAAUAUACCAGAACCGAACAUUACUUACAGUGUAGGGAUAACAAUCCAAGAUGGUGCUGCUACCAUCGGAACACCAAACAUAGCAAGACUAACUGUGCUUGCAAAUGAUGAUCCAUUUGGUGUUAUAGGAUUUGAAAAUUAUAAUCAACAAAUUAGGGCACUGGAACCCUUAGAAGGUCAGCAAUCUGUUGCUUCAUUUAAUGUUUUGAGGAGACAAGGGACUAUUGGAACAAGUGUAAUAUUCUGGCAAGUUAGUAGUGGCCUGCUUGCAAGUGUUCCAGAUCUGUCUCCAAAUUCAGGUUUUCUCACCUUUGCUAAUGGGGAAAGCACUAAGAAGUUAAAUAUUUCAAUACAGCCUGAUCAGAUACCAGAAAACGAUGAGCAGUACAUAAUCGAUCUGAUAAACGCAACAGGAGGGGCUAUGAUCAACUCUACAUCCAGCAGAGCUUUUGUUCUCAUUCCUAGAAAUGACCCGCCAAUUAGAUUUCUGCAGGCGAUGCAGUCAGUUUCUGAGUCACAGACAUUGAUAGUAACAGUACUGCGUGGACAAGGGGAGCCUGGCACUUCUGGUACUAUUGGCGACAUUUCCAUUUCAUCCAACGUCACCUAUUCCACUAUUGAUGGCUCUGCAAAGUCAGGAUUGGAUUAUCAAGAAACGACAGGGAUCCUUAGCUUCGCAUCUGGGGACACUUCAAAAUCUUUUUCAAUCAAUAUACUGAAAGAUCCUCACCCUGAAAUCGCAGAGAACUUUACAGUCACUCUGUCCAACCCUUCGUCUGGAAGUGUACUAUCUCCACCCAACACUUUGACUGUUGUUAUAAGAAAGAACGAUGAUCCUCAUGGAGUGAUUUCGUUCCAAACCCCAAAUGCAGUUCUCGUACUGGACGAAGUUUCCACAAGUUCUGGAGCUAUUUAUGUCAACAGAUCCCGUGGCACAUUUGGGACUGUAACAGUCGAAUGGCGCAUUGCUUCCAGUGGUAGAUCGAAUUUUGUCACGCCAAGUCUAGUUCUAAAUGCAACUCGCGGAGUUUUGACAUUCAAACCAGGAGAAACUACCAGGGCUAUCCCACUGUCUGCUAGGCAAAAUUCCAUCCCCCAAGAAGCGAUGGAGUUUUAUGUUGUAUUAGGGAAUGCAACGGGUGGUGCGAGACUCGACCCAACCGCGCCACAAACGCGAGUAAUUGUUAGGGACAGCAACAGUGCCUAUGGUGUUGUGUUCCUCGGAAAGGCUGCUGAAUAUAGAAUAGAACUGUCCAGCUCACCUCGCAGAAUCUUGCUGCCAGUAAAGCGAAACGGAGGAGCACUUGGUGCAGUUACAGUGAAUGUUACGGCAGCAUAUCUGUUACCAGGCUCAAGCGCACCUUCGUCUGAUGUCCAGUUGAAUUAUCCAAGUUACGUCACACUAAGCACGGGAAGCUAUAACACUACAGUCGACAUUCAGAUAUCAGAGAACUCUUUUUUGAGAAAAGACGCAGUUUUCAUGGUUACCUUGACAUCAGUUCAGCUUCAAAAGCAAACGAUUAUCAGCUCAAAGACUCCGGUAAUUGGCAGCCCUCAUACAGCCUUUGUAAACAUAACAUCUGAGCUUGCAAAUGGAGAAAUCGCAUUUUUCAAUAACCCAGUCAGCAUAAAAGUGAAUGAGCCUCAGCGUGGUCAGGUAUUCAAUCUGUCUUUGUUGCUUAUGCGCGAUGGCGUUUCCGGGCCUGCCACUGUAAGCUGGAGAAUAAUUCCAACGACAAGUUCAUUUGUGGUUGCUGAUGCAUCGCCUUGGUCCGGUGUCGUCUAUUUCAGUACAGGCGCUGAUAGAACAAACCUCACAAUAACUAUUCUUCCUGAUGAUAUUCCUGAGGUCGAUGAAGUUUUCACUGUUGAGCUAACAAACGUAACAGAAAGAAACGAACAACUCAGAGUUGGUGGGAAUCGUGCUACCAUCACAAUAAAUCAAAAUGACAGCCCUGGUGGAACGUUUGAGUUUAAUCAUACAGGUCGCAUCAUAUUGCAGGAAAAUGACGCCAGAACAGUUGAUGUUAUUCGCCUUGGGGGUGCGUUAACAACUCAGCGAGUGCAAGUGACAAUUGUCAAUGGACGGAAUGACUUUGUUACCGACGAGAGUAUUUUGAAAUUUGAUCCUAACCAAAGAAGCAAGACGUUCUUCAUUUUCACAAGAGAUGACAAUAUUCCUGAGGAAAAUGAAAAUUUCACAAUGAUUUUAACGGCAAUCGGUGAUUCUACCUUGGGAACUCGUACAAGACUAGAAAUCAUUAUCCUGCAGAAUGAUGACGCGAAUGGUGUAUUUUCAUUCACAAAUGUUACUUCAAAUCUGUUCAAAUACGCAGAUGAGAUAAAAGGCUCUCCACAUACCGUAUCGUUCGAUAUCACAAGGAGCAGAGGGACAUUCUCUACUGUUCGCGUAUACUGGAAUGUAACGUCGCUAUCAGGCUCCCACGCCGCGUCCGACCUACAGCAGUUGAAUGGGGUAGUCGAAUUUGCUCAAGGAGAGGCUAGCCGCCCAUUGAAAAUCAGAAUCAAACCUGAUCUGAUUCCUGAAGGCGAAGAAAGAUUUCAGAUUCAUUUAGUGAACAUCACUGGCGGUGGUCGGUUGGCGGAACCCCUGAAUGCGACAUUGAUUAUCAAUCCUAAUGAUGCUCCUGUCUACUUCCUUCAACCAACACACGUGACCGUGAACGAAGGUCAGGCUGCGAAUCUCACCAUCAUGUUAAGUAGAGUCUUGACGCAAACUAUAACAGUUUAUGUCUCAACUAUUGACGCAACAGCCUUAGCAUCAACAGGAGACUACGUAGCAGCCCUCAACUUACCUGUAACUUUCUUACCCGGUGAGCAGAGGAAGAAUGUAAGCAUCCAAACCAUUGAUGACAACACCCCUGAAAUUGUUGAGGUUUUUGGCGUUCGUCUGAAUGGAUCUACUGGAGACACGGUGUUGAUACCACCCACUGAAGCAACAGUGACUAUAGCAGCUAAUGAUGAUCCGUAUGGAAUAUUUGACUUCUCACAAGCAUCUUUGAAUAGAAUUGCAUCUGAAGGGGAUACCAUCCAUUUUGAGAUCUUACGGUCAAGGGGGAGUUUUGGCAAUGUAUCAGUUGGAUGGGAAAUCCUGUAUAGCAACAGAAGGGCAGUAGCAGACAAUAGUGAGUUCGUCAAGGCAACAGGAAAUGUCAAUUUUAGCGAGGGGCUUCGAAGUACUUUCUUAUCGGUUGUUGUCAGGAGUGAUGGUGUCCCUGAGCUGAAUGAAACGUUUUAUAUACGUCUUACUAAUGUCACAGGAAAUUUUUCACAAGGAGGCUAUCUAGGCAAUCAUACCGAGGCUACAAUAACUGUGCUGCCUAAUGAUGAUCCAUAUGGUGUGAUUGGAUUUGCCUCUUCUUCCAUGCAAGUGAGCGUUGCAGAGGAUUACCUUCCAGGAUUAGUAAAUGCAACACACGUGAAUCUCACUGUUCAAAGGGAAAAGGGAACUGUAGGAACGAUUAAGGUUGUAUGGCAAUUGUUUGAAGCUUCAAACGUCCCAAGUCAGAUGUGGGACUUCAUUUUUUAUGGCCAAAGGGGCAACGCUGUGACUGAAAGUGUCGGGCGGAUAUACAGUGGAACGCCUGCUUUGAAGUUCAACACUAGCAAUGCUUCAUAUGUUUAUGUUGCCUCACAAAACCAACCAACUCCAGUACAAAUCCAAAGUGGUUUUAGCAUCAGCAUGUGGGUUAAAGCAACUCUGCAAGGUGUUCUCAUAUCUAAACGAGGUUCUAUUACCAAUGAUGUCAUCUUUAAGGUUUCAGUCAGGCUCGAUGGUGCCAGGUCACAAAUUGUGUUGCAAGCAAAAACUGCCCUAUACAACGUGUCAACACCAGUAAAACUCUUAGACGGGGCAUGGCACUCUUUGAUACUCACCAUCAGCACAAGCACACUUCUUGUCUACGUCGAUGGAACUCAAGUUGAUGGGCCGAAGACCUUAACAAGUGCGAUAGAUACUGCAUCUGGUCUCAUACAUCUUGGCUGCAAUCUGCCAUCCUCAGAGCAUUUCACUGGUGAACUUCAGGACGUUAGGAUGUACUCAAGUGUUUUGAUCCCUGCUUUCGUGGCUGAAAUCUCAUCAAGUCGCAGGGUUAUCUCACCGAUAAGUGGCUAUUUGGAUUAUGGUCCAGGAGUUUCAAUCCAACAUAUCUUUCUCAGCACAAUCGAUAACUUAAUCCCGGAACCAGAAACUUCAUACUCUGUCAAAAUAAUCGGCAUUACUGGAGAUGGAAGAUUGGGGUCAUCCUCAAGCUCUAGAGUAACCAUUUUGAAGAGUGACAACGCCAAUGGUGUAUUCGGGUUUCUGUCUUCGAGCUGUCAAUCAAGUAGUUUUGAAAACAAAACGAACAUUUCUUUCACCGUCACUAGAACUGUAGGAUCGUUUGGUAAUGUGCGAUUAAACUGGGAGAUACGUCACUCAGAUGGCGGAAAGCUCCUUGCAACAGACGAUUUUCAUGCUGCAACUGGCAGUAUCACAUUUUCUCAAGGGGAAACUUCUAAGCUGAUUGUUGUCAGACCCGUGGAUGACAGCGUACCGGAGGUGAACGAGUCUUUUGACCUCAACCUCGUUUCUGCGGUUUCAACCGAUGGCACAGUGUCGUCAACGCCCACCAGCGGGGCCAGCAUUAAGAGUGAUGCAAGCAAGUGCAAUGUGACCAUACUUGCUAAUGACAACCCUAAUGGCGUGUUUCAAAUCAUGACCAGUCGGCCCAACGGAACAGGUUUCAUUUCGCCACUUUCUGUGCCACAGAGUAUUUAUGUCCCAGAAGAGAUUGGUAGGGUCAACCUGUAUGUUGUCAGGGCACAGGGUGUUCAAGGAAGAGUCGGUUGUGAGUGGAAGACGAACCAAAUUUCCGCUCGUGGAAAUGUUGAUUUUAGAGAUGGAGUAGGCAGCAUAGUAUUGCAGCCAGGGGAGAACAUGACAACCAUAUCAAUUGAGAUAAUUGACAACAAAACCCCAGAACUUGAAAAAAUGUUCAAUGUACAACUGUAUAACCCAACAGGAAAAGCCAUACUUGGUGCAGCCGCAUAUGUAAACAUCACUAUUAUGCCCAGCGAUAAUGCCUAUGGUAUAUUCAGUUUUGCCAGCGAAUCAUUAGGGAUUCAUGUCUCAGAAUCACCUGGUGCCAUGGCAAUGCUUACAAUUGCUAGGCAGGCAGGCCAGCUUGGGUUUGUCAAUGUCACAUGGAGGCUUGUCAAUGGCAGCUCCGACUUUGGUCUCCAGUCUGGAUCAGUAUCAUUUGUUAAUGGUCAAUCUGUUGGACAACUUAUGAUUCCAGUUCUUGAUGAUGGUAUUGCAGAAUUAACAGAAAGAUUCACAGUGCAGCUCACUUCAGUUACCAAGGGGAAUCUAGCAUCACAAAAUACAACAGCCACGAUCACUAUUUCUCCGAAUGACGACCCAUUUGGCGUCUUCCAAAUCUCCUCAACGCCCGUUCGAGUACCAGAACAAAACGGUACUGUUAGCCUAGUAAUUUCAAGAGGAGGUGGAGCUCUCGGGGUUGUUAGAGUGUCCUACCAAACGUAUAUCCCAGCUGCGUCAUCACCUGGAGUGACGUAUGCUACCCCCAAUGUCGACUUCAUUCCUGUUGCAAGCUAUGUGGAUUUUGGAAGGAACCAGAGGUCAGCGUUGAUAAACGUGACAAUAAAAGCAGAUUCCAGCCCUGAAUCGGAUGAAUACAUCAUGCUGAAUCUCACAAGUGCGACCUUAGUCACUGGGGCAGAAGUCGUUGCAAAUUCUCCAAGACUUGGAGCAAGUACAACUGGUACCAUAAUAAUCAGCGAAAAUGACGACGCAAAUGGGAUCUUGCAGCUUUCUGCCGCCGCUGUUACGUUAAGAGAAAGCUUUAGUGGAUACUUCUUGAACGUUACUCGAAGCGCAGGAACGUUUGGCCAAGUAUCAGUGCGAUUUACUGUAUCAAGCAGCAGUGCAGUUCUUGGAUCCGACUACCAGAUUUCAUCCUACGUUGUCACGUUGAGAGACAGAGAAAGCACUGCUGUAUUACCCAUGCUCAUUUUGAAUGACGACAUCCCAGAAUUCAACGAGUCAUUUGUCGUUAGGCUUGAAGAAAGCAGCCUAACUGGAGGAGCAAAGCUAGGCAAUCCAAAACAAUGUGACGUCACCAUUCUUGAGAACGAUUAUCCUUAUGGACGUAUCGGAUUUGCCAGUGGAUCAUUGAAUGUCACUAUCUCUGAGCCAAGCUCGGGGCAGGCUACGGUGAGACUCACGGUUCAACGGUUUGGGGGCACAUCUGGGACAGCGCAGGUCGUGUGGAAUGCAACGCUUGGUGGCUUGUUGGCGUCUAGUGAUGUCGCUCCAGCAACCGGAACAGUAAGCUUUCUCAGUGGAGAGAAUAAUAAAGAAAUACAGCUAUCCGUUCAAGCUGAUAACAUCCCAGAAGAUAACGAGGCGAUUCAAGUGACUUUGAUUUCAGUUACAAACGGAAAUGCAGCGAUAGACGAUUCUCUGCGAACAGCUGUUGUUAAUAUUCCUGCUAACGACGAUCCAUAUGGUAUUGUGCAGUUCAACCAGUCAUCAAUGGUCGUAACAGAAAUGGAAACUGACUAUUUCGUCAAUAUAUCAGUUGUUAGACAUCGAGGACUUUUUGGUACCAUUCGUUUGUACUACAGAACCCGCACAGCUACAUCAGCGCUCAACCAAGCAAUAAAUGAUGGCGAUUUUGAAACAGUUGUAGGCCAGUCAGUUACCAUGCCACCCAAUAUUGCCUCAGGGCAUGUACAAGUAAAAAUACUGAAAGACAAUGUUGCUGAAGUCGAUGAGCAAUUCCUUGUUGAAAUAUACAGGGCAGAGGUGGUAGGACUGCCGUCUGGCUCAAGCCCUAAUGUUCGUAUUGGUGCUCCAAGCGUCAUCAACGUGACGAUUGCUGCGAACGAUCAACCUUAUGGCCUUUUUGGUAUUUAUUUUAAAGACACUGGCACUAUUGGUACAACGUAUUAUCUUAUUGAACCAGAAACUGGCCAGAGCAGCGUAACAUUCGAAAUUAGAAGAACUCAGGGUCUUCUUGGCACAGUUGCAGUGUCAUGGCGUAGUGCUAGUGGCUCUUCUGUCAAUAUGUCAACUGAUGUUGCUGGCGCAUCAGGUGGUCGGUUCACGUUUUCCCCUGGCGAAUCAAGCAAAGAAAUCACAAUAGCCGUGAACAGUGACAAUAUCCCAGAAUCAGAUGAAAGUCUGAUUGUUGAGUUGUACAGCGCUGAAGGUGGUGCAGUUAUCAAUUCAUCGAGGCAACGAGCUACGCUUAUCAUCAUGGCAAACGAUGGGGUUGGUGGCAGGAUUGGCUUUAGCCAGGGGUCGAGAUCAAAAACUGUAAACGAAGGACAAACAGUCUCCCUUACUGUUUAUAGAACAGCUCCAGCAGCUGGUAACGUCACUCUUAACUGGACUAUUGCAGGAAUUAAUGCCUCAAAAGAUUUCAGGGAGUCAAAUGGAAAGAUUUUCCUCAAAGAGGAACUCACAAGUACCACUCUCAUGAUCACAACCGUGAACGACUCAACUCCUGAAAACCACGAAACGUUCACAGUCCAGUUAGCAGAUCCUAUAACAUCGGGUAUAUCACAUACUGGUGCAGCGGUUCUUGUUCCUGGUGACUCUACAGCUAUCAUAGUAAUUGGCGCCAGUGAUGAACCUCAUGGUGUAGUGGAAUUCGCUACUCGUGCCCAGCCGAUAAGAGUGACUGAGGAUAUUGGCACUGUCGAGCUACGGGUUGUCCGUAUCAUGGGAAAUAUAGGUGAUAUUGCAGUGCAUUACCUGCUACGUGGGGCACAGAUCAGCCAAACAAUCACUGCUGGUACCUACGGCCAAGACUUUAAUAGCACUGCCACCAACCUGCUGAUUAUACCUGAUGGAAGAGACUCAGCAACUAUACGUGUGAAUAUAAUCAAUGACGAUAUUGCAGAACAAGAUGAAGCAUUUUAUGUUAACAUCACUGAUGUAAAAUUGGUAGGCGGGAAAAAUGUUACCACUCCUCCGAAAAUCGGGAGUUUGAAUUAUAUGCAGAUUCAAAUCGAAGCUAAUGAUGGCACUCAAGGCGAACUUGCAUUUGCUUCCCAGUUUGAAAGAAUCAAUGUACCAGAAGAUAUUGGCAGCUUCAAUAUCACAGUGAUACGUCACAAAGGGAACUUUGGCAACGUAUACGCAUUCUAUUAUUUGAAUCGGCUGACAGCAUCUGCCAAUGAUUUCGAUAUUCCAGGUGGAGUAAUGGCUGGAGGGCCCGCCAGAAUCGCCUUUGCGAACGGCGAAAGAGUGCGCAACAUCACUGUUUACAUAACUAAUGACAACAUAACUGAAACGGACGAGCAAUUUGAGCUUGGACUUACUAUACAGAAUGCUGUGAAUAACGGAGGGGUGAAGAUCGGGCGUCCUGAUAAGGCUAGGGUCACUAUAAUUGCCAAUGACGAUGCAAACGGUGUGUUGCGUUUUGCCGAGAGAUCGAUCAUCCAGAAUGUAACUGAACCAGCAGGCACGCCGUCUACAGGCAACAUAGCAACAUUCUACAUCGAAAGAAAUAUCGGAUACUUUGGCACUGUUACUUUGCAAUGGCGCGUUCUUGGAGUAAACAGUUCAGCUGACGUCACACCUAUUAAUGGGCUGAUUACAUUUGAACCCAAUGUUAGAGAAAAUAAUUUUCAAGUUAGUGCUGUUGCUGACAACAUACCUGAGCUGAAGAAGACUUACACCAUCCAAAUAUCUAUCGUUUCAGGUGGUGCUAGGGUGACAUCCCCAUCUAUGGCCACUUUGAACAUUGCUGCAAACGAUGAUCCAAAUGGAGUGCUAAGCGUUAGGGCAUUACCCUCCCUCGCCAGUAGCAUUAACAUCGAAGAGAAAACAAAGUUUAUUAACACUGUUGUAAGGAGACAGGGGGGCAGCCUUGGUAAAGUAACUGUGCAGUAUCUGACGAGACAGGGAACAGCCCUUUUGACGAUGGGGACAAAUAUUUCUUUUGGCUACGAUCAAGUAUUGAGCACAAGAUCAGCAGAAAGCUUUCAUUCUUUCUCUGCUUACGGUGUACAGUAUUUGCUGUUGGCCAGCAGUCACAGAAAGCAAGCUGUUGGAUCCGAAGUGAAGACCAACGUUGCAACUGAGCCUUUUGACUCGACACUUUUCAGAUGGCAAGGCAGCUUCUUCCCAUUACUUAGCAUCGAUACAGAUGGCGCAACAAAGUGGGCCACGUUUGAGGACAGAAACGUUUCAUAUCUUGUUGCCAUUAAUCAUGGAACAAACGGACGAUUUGAAGUUAUGUCACAAGUCAUGAGAAUGCAUCGAAAUCUUACGAUCGAUUUUGUUCAGAACAUUGCAACCAAGGGAGCGUCUGAUGUUGCCUUCUUCCGGUCGGGAGGAUCAUUGUACAUGGUUAUCGCCAACAUGAAAGAUAAUUUAGGAAACACUGUCCAACAGUUGCAGCUGCUUCGAUGGCAAGAGUCGCGAUUUGUUUUGGAAAGUGCCAGUGUUGAAACGAAAGGAGCUUCAGCCUUGGCUGUUUGUACCGUGAACGGCCUAACCCACCUGGCUGUUGCUAACAGCUAUGACUCAUCCAUGGCAACAUACACCACAGCCUCUCACGUGUAUUCUUGGUCUGAUGCCAAUAGGAGGUUCUCAUUGGUCCAAUCUAUUCAGACACAUGGAGCAACAGAUGUUGAAUGCACCAAAAUAGGGAACGACCAUUAUUUGUUUUUCACCAACUCAAAAGCGAGCUCAAGACUGUACCGCUACAAGACAACCAGUCCUUCUGGUUUUAUUGAAAGACAAGAAAUUAACCUGCAAGGUGCAAGAUCUGGGAAAUUUUUCAAAUGGAGUUAUACAGAAUACCUUGUCAUCGCUGGAAACACUUCGGUUUUGUAUCAGUGGAAUAAUAGCACUAAAGGUUUCCAGAAUGUUACGAACAUACCUGUCAAGAAUACGAUGAACAUACAGCCAUUCACUGCCACUGAUGCUGUCACUGGUGAGCUGCAGUAUCUUGCUGUCACUGAAGGAGUUUCAUCUAGCAGUUACCUUAUGAGGCUGGCAAUGCUGUCCGAAACAGCUGAUUUUGUUCCAAGGCGUGGGCAGCUCACAUUUUAUGAAGGCCAGACAUCUUUGAAUUUAGGGUUGACUGUGCUAUUAGACAGUCGCCCUGAAAUGGACGAAAGCUUUUCGAUGGACCUUGAAAUGCCGCAAGGAGGUGCUAGCCUGGCAACAAGCCCAAACCUAGCAGUAACGAUAUUAUCAAACGACAAUGCCUAUGGGCGAAUGGCAUUUUCUGACAGUUCUCUUCGUGUAAAUAUCACCGAGCAAUCCUGGGAUUCUGUGUUGCAGCUGAACGUUUUGAGAGAAUACGGGAGCUUUGGACAAGUCUCUUUAUACUGGAACAUAACGAGCAUGGAUGGAAGCACCGUCGUUGACCUAUAUCCAACAUCCGGGCAGGUUAACUUGAAUCAAGGCAUUUCUUCGGCAAAUAUCUUGAUCUAUGUACGUGCUGAUGGUAUCCCAGAGCUGAACGAAAAAUUCAGAGUCAGUUUAACAAGUGUGUCCAUAGCUGGCAGUGCAGCUUCAAACAGAGGCCCAACAAUAAACCACCUCAAAAGCUCCUCCAUUGUUACCAUCUUGGCUAACAACGAUCCUUACGGCGUAGUUAGUUGGAAGAAUCGGUUCGAAAUCACGACAAAAGAGAAGGAAGUCAAUUCAAGUGCAGUUCUCAUCCUUAGCAGAGCUUUUGGAGCUCUAGGGGAUAUAAGGGUCGCAUAUGAAACUCAGCAGGCUGUUAACGUUUCAAGGAAUGAAAGAAAGGCAACACCUGGUGUUGAUUAUUUCACCCAAAAAUCCACUGUUUUGAUAAGACAAGGAGUAAAAGAGGCUAUUGUUUACAUCAAAGUGAGACAUGACAACGACACCAGCGUCAAUGAGAUCUUCAAUGUCAACAUCACAGAUGUCUAUCUUGUUUCUGGUACUCCUGUUCCAAAUUCUCCUCGAAUUGACCAAAAUAAACGCGUAACUGAGGUUGUCAUUACAGAAGCCAUUCUCAAUCGAGGCUCCGUUGAGUUUGAAAGCCCACUUAUUCGCCGAGUGGCAGAAAACUCUGGAGUUAUUUCUCUCAACCUUGUAAGAAGCAACGGAACACAAGGAUCUGUUGGAGUCCAUUUUGUUGUCAACCUGAGAAAUGCCAGUUACAAUGACUUUGCUCCAAAGAGUGGUCUUGUUACAUUCUCUCAUAAUACAACUCGUGCGGUGUUAACCAUAACCAUUGUCAAUGAUAACCUUCCGGAGCUGGACGAGUCUUUUGACGUCACUUUGAUCAAGCCUGCUGGUGGAGUUAAAAUUGGACAAAAAAGUACAGUGGAAGUCACCAUAACUCAGAAUGAUUUCCCUUACGGUCUUUUAAGCUUCAACAGUGGCUCACGUGUUGUAACAGGCGUCAAUGAGGGUCAGAUAGUACGGCUGACAGUCGACAGGACCCAAGGUCUUUAUCGCACUGUAACUGUUGACUGGAGCUGUGGCAGCGCUGCCCAGAGUGACCUUACCCCCUGGCAGGGAACCCUGACAUUUGCUGAGAAUGUGACUGUGGCAACAAUCACAAUCCAGACUUUGAAUGACACCAUCCCAGAGCUUACAGAACAGUUCACCUGCAGCUUGAGCAACCCACAAAACGGUGCUGCCAUUUCUGAGCACAACAAUGCGACAAUCUCUAUCGUGCCAAGUGAUAAACCUUAUGGUAUUAUCUCCAUUGCUGCAGCAUCAAGGAGUCUUGUUGUUGCUGAACCAAUGACUGGCUACAAUGGCGUGUUUUCCAUAAGCAUUUUACGAAGUAUUGGAUUUGAUGGCCAGGUUUCAGCUCAGUGGAGACUAGGCGCUGUAGCUGGGGCAGACGAUACAAACUCUACAUUUAAUGUAACCAGUGGCGUCGUUGUCUUUCCAUCUGGUGUGUCAACUCAAAGAGUUUACCUUCGCGUUCUUGAUGAUUCUACUCCGGAAGAGUCUAAGAAAUACUUUCUUUAUGUGGAGCGUACUAGUGGAGGGGCUGAGCUGGACAUUCCAGCGAACACAAGAGCAAACAUUACAGUUGCUUCCAGUGACUACCCCUAUGGCACAGUUCAGUUCUCGCUUCCGGUCAGGUUUAACGUUUCUGAACCCGCUGGCCGUGUCAAUGUGACGGUGACUAGAACUGGUGGCCAAAUAGGCGAACUUCACGUCUCAUAUACCUCUGCAGGCUCGACAGCAACCCCUGGUGUUGACUUCAGUCCUUCGCAAGGAGUCAUAACAUUCAGGCCUGGUGAAGGAGUAAAGACAAUUCAACUCAACGUUAUUGACGAUUCGAUACCAGAGCUUAGCGAAACGAUCGCGCUCAACAUAUCUUCUGUUCGGGUGGUCACGUCAAAGGUGCUCAACUUCCAAAUGGUUGAUGGGACAGUAGACACACCGCCGGCUAUUGGAGCGAAUUCACAGAUUGAGAUAACAAUUGAUGCAAAUGACCAACCAUAUGGAGAAAUUCGGUUUUUGGAAAGGCAAAGAUUGGUGCAUGAAUCAGAUGGAAGGGUACUCAUCCCCGUUAAUAGGACAGGUGGCGCUUUUGGCAAUAGCACUGUCUAUUACACAUACGCAACAGGAAGUGCUAAUAACCCGGCCGAUUUUGUAGUUUCUGGAUCCUCGUUAACGUUCGCUCCUGGUGUGAAACAACAGUUCAUCCCAGUUCAAAUUGUCGAUGACACGAUCUCAGAGUUUCAAGAGACCUUUCAACUUCGUCUCACCAGCAUCUCAGGUCCAGCAAACCUUGGCUCUAUCACCACUUUGAACAUUACAAUCGAGACAAGUGACAACCCCUAUGGAUUAUUUGGAGUUUUCAAUACAAGUCUUUCGAUUACAGUUCCGAAUCCUAAUACAACAAUAAUGCUUUCUUUUCCAUUAAGUCGAAAAGAUGGAGCACUUGGUAGAAGUGUGGUGAGUUGGAGAGUGGUAAGAAACACAGCAAGCGCCGAUGCAGUAACCCAAGAUAUCACGCCAGAAAGUGGAACAACGUUAUUUGAACCAAAUCAGCGAGGUCCUAAGAUGAUCAAUGUCACUAUAUUAACCGCAGGAGGCCUUGAGGAGCCAGAGGAAGAUUUCACCCUUCAGGUUUACGGUGCAACGGGUGGCGCUGCUUUGGAUCAUGCUUUCACCAAUGUCUCAAUAAAAAUUCUCAAGAAAGGACAUCCAAAUGGCUUAUUUAGAUUUACUGGUAUAGUUUUGCCAAGCGCAACAGUGAAUGAACCAGAGACAGGGUCAAUUGCAGUCACUGUACCAGUUCAGCGUGUUUUUGGCACCACAGGAUCCGUUAAUGUCCUGUGGUCUGUUGCAUCCUCCAGUGGCUCUACCAGUCUGGACCUUGGCUCAAUGAGUACAUCACUGAAUUUUUCCAAUGGUCAGAAAACAGGAAACAUAACCUUGGCGGUGCUUUCGGACAAUAUACCUGAGCUGGAUGAGGUUUUUGAAAUAACCCUUGUUUCCGCCAGCAAUGGCGCUGAUAUAGACAAUGCAAGGAGAAGCAUCAAUUUCACAAUUAGGGCCAACGACUACCCUCACGGAUUAUUCAGCAUUGACCAGACAGGCAGUCGAUUUGAAUUCACUUCAUCCACCCUGGAUAGGAGGCUUCAUUUCUCUAUAGUUCGUGCACGUGGAACUAUUGGCGUGGUUCGUGUGAAUAUUGGAAUUCAAUAUUCUGAAGGUGGUGCGUCCGAUUCUCAUUCGGUUACAUUUGCUUCCGGACAAAACAAGGUUUCAACGGUCUUCAGCAUCUUGAAAGAACGAUUUUUAGCAUUUGGAGCCAAUUUUUCAGUUAAACUGCAAAGCGUCGCAAUUGUCGGUCCAGGCUCGACCAUGGCUCCAGGAGUAAACUCGACCUCCCCUUCACUGGUGAUCGUAAUUCCCGAAGAGGCUGCAAAUUCAGUAAUUGACUUUGAUUCAGAUACCAGAUAUCCUACUGCUUCUACAAGCUUUCAGGUUCAAAAUGUAAGAAUUUCUCGACGUGGUUUACUUGGCACAAACACAGUGCAAUGGCGAUCAGGGUAUCCGGGUAGCAGUCUGACGAUUGGAACCAUCAGUCCAUCACAAGGCACAGUUACCUUUGCACAAGGAGAGCGAACAAAGUCCCUUUCUUUCCAGGUCCAGGUUCCUUCAGUCAUUGCAAAUCGAAUGGUUUACGCAGUUUAUUUGAGCUCGGUAUCGCCAGCGCCAGGGCAGCCAGCUUGGCCAAAGAUUGGAUCCGCGACAACUGCUGUUGUAGACCCACAUGGAGUGGUUGAGAUUUCACCAAGUAGUUUGAAUGUCACUGUCAUGGAAGGGAGCAGGGCCGCAAUUGUCGUUCGAAGGCUUCUGAGCACUAUCGGCACCAUUGAAGUCAGUUAUAAAACCCAAAGAUACAUUGGCUCGAAUUCAGCCACAGAAGGAGUUGACUUUACCGCUGUUACUUCUACUUUUAAUAUGAUUGAGGGCCAAACAACAGAGACAAUUAAUAUUGACACAAUUGAUGACAGUGGAAACGUAGCUGAACGAGAUGAGUUCUUCUUUGUUGCGCUGACCUCGGUUCGGUCCAUUACAACGAGGCUGUCUGCCUCUUCUCCAAGGCUUUCUUCCUCAAGUGACCGUGCUACAGUUCGAAUUAGAGACAACGACAAUCCCUUCGGUGUCAUCAGCUUCAAGACGCAAACUGUACAGACAUCAGAGUCUGCAGGUCGAGCAUUGCUAACAGUUCAACGUACCGGGGGUGUCUUCAGCAGAGUGACCGUGUUGGCAAGGUCAAUAGGUGGUGGUGAGUCGUGGCAAGAUUCGGUGAUAAGCAGUCUCCCGGCUUCCUCUCCUGUUAGGGCGGCUUUGAACGCACGAACUCGGCCUGCUUCUGCCGUUUCACCAAAUCAGGACUAUCAGCCUCUUAACACUGAAAUUGUUUUUGAGGAGCUGAACUCAAUUCCAUCCGGUGGGCAGAUCAAAACAGUGAACAUCAGCAUAAUGCCAGAUGCACUGGCAGAACCUGCGGAGCAAAUCUUAGUGUUACUUACAAACCCCACUGGAGGCGCAACUCUGCCGUCUUCAUCUGCUUCUCUUAAGGACUUCUCUGUUAUCACCAUCAACGAAAAUGGAUUGUGGAAUGGUAAAAUCGGGUUCUCUGUCAAUGUGGCAGAAAUAAACGAAGAUCAAAGUGCACAAGUUUUCCUUCCAUUGAGAAGAACUGGCAGUGCCAUUGAGAGAAUCGAGGUAAAAUGGCAAGUUUGGUCUACGGUUGCAAACAUUGCGCAGCAGUUCGUAUCAUCUUCUGGUUCUGCAUUCUUUGAAGCUAACAAUUUGACUUCGUUGAUAUCGAUCCAGCUGAAAAAGGACCAGACGCCUGAAUUCGCAUCGUGGUUCACUGUGAAUCUAACAACAACCGCACCCGGUGCUAUAAUAGCCGUUGCUGAGCCAGGGUUGUUCUCUGCUUGCAACGUCACUAUGCUUGAGAGUGACUACCCGGCUGGCAGAAUCGGCUUCAAUGACAGAUACCGAUUCCCAGUUGUUACAUUGAACGAUGUCAGCAAAGACAUUCGAAUCCGUCGUUACGGUGGCACAUUGAAAGAUGUCACGGUAAAGUACCAGACUGUUUCUCUCGUGAGCCCGAUUUACGACGGUGACAUCGUGUACACACCAGCAAGGGAAAAUCAAGAUUAUCAGUCUGCGGCUGGCCAAGUGUCAUUCCCCAAAGGAAGUACUGAAGCAAUUAUCAAUAUUAGACUAACACCAAGUACAGCAUCAGCUGGUUCAUACCCAAAAGUUUUCAACAUCACAUUACUAAGCCCAACUGGUGGAGCAAUAUUAUAUAACAUGUACGCUACCGAUCAAGUUAUAAUUUCCAAAGAUUCAGCUGCAGCGACUUUCCUUCGACUUCGAGCGAGCGCAUGGAGAAUUCCCCUGACGGACAGAGAAAUUGAGAACAUAUUUACUGAGAUGUUGCAACUGGUCAAGGUCCCUCCUCUUAGCGCCAGCAACCAAGAGCUACUGAUAAAGACAAUCCGCUCCAUCAUUUCUUAUAAGACAAGCUUGCCUGCUGGACAGAGAGCGUUAACGAACAACUCUAAAUCGCUUCUGUUGGAUGUAUAUGAUUCAUUGUUGUCACCAUCUCGCACAGAUACAAGCGGAAAGUCUUCAUGGGCAACACUACUGGACGAUCUUGCUUACAAUUUCCUGGAAGAUAUGAGCUGCCCAUACACGUUUUCUAGCAGUAAAUCGAAUUUCGCCUUGACCUCGCGACGUGAUCAUGGCAGCAACCUCAAUGGUGUUAGUUUCGCGUCAGGGAGAAAUGCUGACUUCUUCCGUUACCCUGUCAACAUGUUCAGUUCCACUGGAUCAGCCCCUUGCACGGAUAUCCAUUUCAUUGACUAUGGAAAUCAGAAGUUCUUUUCUUCUGGCAAAUCAGUAUUAAAUAAUAAGGUUAUGUCUUCGAAGAUCAAGACUGGUCUGUCCUCUGGUAUGAAAGUAGUCUUCCGGAUUCAUACAUCAAACUCAAGGGUAACGCAGACGGGAGCAAGCUGUGUCAUUUGGCAGCACCCAUCAGCUGGUUCUAAAGGAGACUGGAACUCAAGAAACUGCAAUAUAAGGGGUCAGUCAAAGUCGUACGUCGAAUGCGAGUGUCGCCACCUGUCUGAAUUUGCAGUGCUCGCCUUGAGUGACAACAGAACAGGAUAUGAAAUAUACUUCUACGUGUCCUGUUAUUUCACUAUCGGUGCCUGCCUUCUGGCGUUAUUAGCCCAUCAUGUGUGUUCGUAUGAAACCACCUUCACAUCGAAUCUUCUUAUGCAUUUCAUUUUCGCUGUCAUGAUGACCAACAUACUUUACGUAGUUGCUGCUCACAUCAGUCCGACACUGGUUGACAAGACAACUGAUUGUGGGGCCCUGGCCCUGGCAAUUCAUUACUUUUUCCUCGCGCAAUUCACAUGGAUGUUUGCACAGGGAUGUAAUUUGUGGCGAAUUUUGAUCAUGAAUGACGAAUACACAGAUCGAAAGUUCCUCCAUUUCUUCGUCAUGGCAUGGGGUCUGCCUGUCCUUGUCAUCGUUGGCUACAUCUUAGUGACGUAUGCAGCUUAUCGAUGGCCCUUCUCGAAGAUGUAUGGCGAUGUCAAUGGUAACGGGGAUAUGUGCUUCAUGAGCAAUGGCUUCGCUGCCCUGGGAUCAGUUAUAAUUCCAGUGAUUCUCUUUGUUCUUGGUGUUGCUGUUGUCUUUGUCCAAUCAUACCAAGUCAAGCCACAGUGGCAAUGCUAUGAUGACGUGUACAGGGGACGUUACAAUGUGAAAGAAUUGCGUCAUUACAUUGCCAUGUUCGCCCUUGUCACCUUGAAGUGGCUAUUCGCUGGCCUGCAUUUGUCUUACGGAUAUCUCUGGAUGAUCAUCAUAUUCACAGUGCUUAAUUUCAUUCUGGGCUUGUAUAUAUUGGUUAUAUAUGCAAUACUUCGCAACGACAUGCGGUAUUUGUUUCAUGGUGAAUAUGCAGUCAGAAAAAUGUCGUCAGGCCUUAUACCAGAGCAUGAACUCAUCUAUGCACCUAAUUCGCUGAACCACAGCGGGAGAAAGCUGAUUGAUACUCGUUCGGAUCGCUCAAAUAACCUGAGCGAAUGGGAAGAUGUGGAACUGCCUGCAACGUUGAAUCCUAUGGAUUUUCCAGACAAAGCUGCGAUCUUAGACUCACCAGAUCUGGGGGCCUCUCGUGGGCAUGUGAAUGAAUCCUAUGACAUUGACUCGGACGAGUUUGAUGAUUUGAUCUUUGCUUUGAAGACUGGUGGGCCAUUGACACAGAAUUUAGCCGAUGAGCAAGAGUUAGAGGAGAAGAUAGUUACGCCUAGACCGACGUCUGCUGAUCAGCCUCAAGUUAGACGGAUUAAGAUAGCAGAUACUCAUCUUUAAUAAAAGAAGGAGUUUUUAACGAGAUGUAUAGUAUUCAGCUUUGUAAAGAAACCGUGGUUAGCUUCAUACUUCGAAUGGAAGAUGUAUUACAUAUUAUCAACUUGUACAAGUUGAAAUACUUGAAGAUGAAUGUACUUUGAAAGGUUGUGGUCACCAGGGUCGUGAAAGUUCACAGAAAUAAACAAAAAGCUGUUUAUGAAAGCAGCUUGUGUUUACUUGGUCGUUUGCAUCUGAUAAAAGCUGUAAAGCACCAAAUUCUGAUUCAUGAUGCUGAUUGAUGAUUCUGAUUCAUGAUGCUGAUUGAUGAUUGAAGAUUAGAGACGAUAGAAACAUUGUUUUGUAAGUAUGUAAUUUAGUAGCUAAAGUUUUGCUAUGUAAAGUAAUAAAAAUAGUUUUUAGCGGGGUUUUUCUUAAAUGUUUCAAAUGAACACUUGUUAGCAUUGCUCUUAUUCGCAAGAUUGGCAAAUUCCCAAGGGGUAUAUUUCAGCCAAAACGAACAGUGUGUUGAUAUCCUCGUGAAGCCUUAGAUAAUUGUAUAGUUUUACAUGCAAAAGGUGUUAUAUACUUAGUGAAAACAAUAGCAUAGGAUAAUCAUGAUGAGAAUACUCUCGCCCUUUUGCCAUCAUUUUGCACAAAUUAGAACUUCCUUCUUGUAGCAUCAGAAGACAUCCUUAAUAAACUGGUCCUCUAUAUCAUUUAUUUCCUUGGGUAUUCGCUAUUCACUCACGGGUAUUUGUUGUUAAAUAUUUGGUCGUUUCACUUUUACAUUUUAUAUUCAGACAGUUGUAACUAUUUUUCAUUUGUAUUUAUUAAUAUUACUCUAUUGUCAAUUUUUUUGCAAAGCACUUAUCAAUCUAUUAAGCAUUAAAUUUCACUGAAGGUUGUAAUUUCUCUUAUUAGAGGUUUCGUGAAAACGGUGAUAUGUAUUGAUUUAAAUGUUGUAUUGUACUGAUUUUGAAGAAGUUUAAAUUGAUUUUCGAAUCGAAUAUAUUAAUACAAAAAUUAAUUAGUCUUAUCUGUCAAGUAUAUCUUAAACAUUUUUCUAGUCGAGUA